AUGAAUAGAUUAUUUGGAACUAAGAACACGGCACCUAAACCGUCAUUAAAUGAUGCGAUCAAAGGUAUAGACGAAAGAGUAGGAUCAUUAGAUGUCAAACUAAGCAAGAUAAAUUCAGAGUUAUCCACAUACCAACAAAAGAUAAGUAGAAUGAGAGACGGACCAGGUAAAUCAGCACUUAAACAAAAGGCAAUCAAAUUAUUAAGACAAAGAAAGCAAAUAGAAGCUCAAAAGGAUCAAUUAGAGAACCAAUCUUGGAAUAUGACUCAAGCUUCAAUGACUACCGAUAAUUUACAAAAUACUAUGGUUACUAUUAAUGCUAUGAAGACAGCCAAUAAACAAUUAAAACAAACAUAUGGGAAGAUUGAUAUAGAUGAAUUAGAAAAUCUUCAGGAUGAAAUGUUGGAUUUAAUUGAUAAAUCAAAUGAAUUACAAGAAGCACUUCUGACUAGCUAUGAUGUACCGGAUGAUAUCAGUGAGCUGGAGCUCGAUGCUGAAUUAGAAGCUCUUGGAGAAGAAAUCGAUUUUGAAAAUGAAAUGGCAGAAAGUGGUAUUAGUGCUCCUAGUUAUUUGAAUGAUGCUGAACCUGCUGGUGCAGAUAAAUUACCUACAUUUAUUGACGAACAACCAGAAGAAGCCGAAAAGAUUGCAAAUUAA